AUCAUUUGGAUGCAGUCUGGAGGAAAGUCUCUUUCGUCAUCACACUCCUUGUAAUUGGCUGAGAAGUGUGAUGUCAUCCAGUGGCCCACCCUAUAAAAGCUCCUUCUCCCACACAACCUUCAGACCAACUGAACGCAAUCCCACACACACACACCACACACAGCCCUGCCAGGCUCUUCACAGACACUUUGGAAAUAUCCACCGGAUAACAUCUCAUCAUGUGCAGAGGACUCGAUCUCCUGCCAAUCACCUGCUUGGAGAGGGCCAAGGAGCUGAAAGCUCUGUUUGGAAGUUUGCUGCAGAAGACGGAUCACAGCACAUCUGUGCAGCCGAAAAAAAGUGAGACGCAGAGCUUUAAUGUCGAUGAGCGUCUGAAAUGGAAGGAGUCCUUCGAGAAAUUGCUCUCUAGUCAAAAUGGGUUGUGCCUAUUCAGAGCAUUCCUAAUGUCGGAAUUCAGUGAGGAAAACAUUGCCUUCUACUUAGCAUGCGAAGACUACAGGACCACCAAGACAUCAAAAAUGUCCAUCAAGGCCAAGAAAAUCUACGAUGAGUUCAUCAGCACAGAUGCACCCCGAGAGGUAAAUCUUGAUCAUGUGACAAAAGCCCUCACUAAGGACAACGUGGAACAUCCCACUCAGUCAUGUUUCGAUCUGGCCCAAGCCAAAAUCUACACCCUGAUGGAGAAGGACUGCUACCCCCGUUUCCUUAAGUCCUUGACGCAGCAGAACGGACAAGAACGUCUAAGUGACUUCAUCAAGAACUGCCCCCCAAACGGCAGACAGAUGUGAUGCAUUCAUUUUUUACGGGGUGGGGGGGUGGGCAUACAAAAGCUUACUGACGCCCAGCAGAAAGGUACACAGUAAAAUACCUUCAGCCGAGGAGACACAUGGCUCGAGGUUGCACAGACUGGAGUCCAAGCUGAAGUACAUGAAGUCGUGAGGCGAGACGGACGCACACUGAGCUGCUUGUAAGAAGAAGUCAUAAAACUGAUUGACUGCCACAUUGGCAUAAAGACUUGCUGAAUGAAGAAACAUGUGUUGCUUUCACACUACAAAUCUAUCACUAGGAAAGAUGCUGUCUUUAUUUAUUUCAUAUUUUUCAACGAAAUCUGUAUUUAUAAAUAAAACGCUGUUUUUUUAUCUGUAAUGUUGAAAUAUAUACAUCAAAUAAAUAUCUCUGGAAGGUUUCAUUCCGGGCUGAAAUGGGCUUUUUGGGUCCACCGCUAUGAUCCAUGUGCAUAUAUGCCCUUAAUAAGACUUCUACACUGAACAAAAUCCC